UUCAAUCGCUUUUACAAGCCACACGGGUAGAUAGUCAACGCCACCUCGUCUGUUUGUGUCGCGCUACCAAAAAGCAACCAAGCCAAGCCUCGUCUUACACAAAAAUCCGGUCCAAUCUCACCAAGAUCUCUGAUACAACCCAUCGAAACUCAAUCCAUUCAUUGUAAAAUCAUCAUCAUCAUUCACCUAUAGUACCUAUACUCGCAGCAUCAACCUCGUCUGUUUUCUUCUGCGUGCUCAGCCAAAAGAUGCUUUCCGUCCCAGGUCGACAGGCAAUGCGCCUGCCCGGCUCCCGGACUCCCCUUUCCUCGUCUCUUCUCAUCUCUCAUCUCCGAACUUCAUCAUCAGCAUCAUCAUGCUCGUCAUCACGACUUCUCGCCACACAAAGCUCCGUCAGCCUCAACUCGCGGAAACACCACCGCAGCAUACACUCCUCCGAGAAGCGCACGUCGACGGUGGCUGAUCUACCGGGAUCCAUGCCGCCUGUAGCACCACCAACCAUGGAAGCAAACAGAGCGCCACUCUCAGUCUUGCCGCUCAGCAUGAUCCUCCGCUCGCUGGCAACGACAGUGGUCUCCUCUUCUCCUAUUCUUCUGCCGCCCUCACUGCGCAUCAUGGUGGCGCUGGCACACGCCCAGUCCCCUAUCCUGAACCCCGAUAGAAAUCCCCUUCUGCGGUUCUUCUUGAAAAAAUCCUUUUACGCCCAAUUCUGCGCUGGUGAGAAUGCGGCCGAGGUGCGGCAAACGGUUGGCCGGUUGAAGAACAUUGGCUUCACUGGCGUCAUUCUGGGCUAUGCCAAGGAAGUUGUCUUGGAAAAGUCUGAUGCCAAGGAGUUGACCAUUGCCAAUCUGGGCCAGGAAUCGGCACGCGACAUCGAGAGGGAGAUUAACCCUUGGAGAGACGGUACCUUGGAGACGGUUCGAUUGGCCGAUCCUGGUGAUUUCGUUGCACUCAAAUUCACCGGUGCUGGCAGCCUAGCCCUCAACCAGCUCAAGAACGGACUCCCGCCUUCUCAGCAUCUCAGCGAAUCCAUCGACGCCAUCUGCCAGCUCGCUCGUGACCGCGGGGUGCGCCUCCUCUUCGACGCCGAACAGGAUAUGCUGCAAGACGGCAUCGACGACUGGACCAUGCAAUUCGCUCGCAAGUACAACGACUCCCCGGACACCGCCACGAUCUAUGGUACAUAUCAGGCAUACAAGAAGAACUGCCCUGCUGUCGUAUCACGGCACCUGGCCGCUGCGCAAAAGGAGGGCUUCACCCUCGGCAUCAAGCUGGUGCGUGGCGCAUACCUGGGCUCGGAUCCGCGAGAUUGCUUUCACGACACCAAGGAGGAUACAGACGCCUGCUACAACAGCAUUGCCGCCAGCGUCUUGACUAGACAAUGGUCCGCUACUGUCCAGGGCCAGGGCGAAUUCCCCAACGCUCACAUCGUCCUCGCAACUCACAACGUCGAAUCUGUUCGCCGUGCCAGAGCCAUUUGCGAUGCUGGCGGCGCCAAGUCGGACAUUGCAUUCGCCCAGCUCCAGGGCAUGGCCGACGAGGUGAGCUGCGAGCUCGUCGAGGCCAGCCAGUCGGCCCAAAAGGACAAUGCCAACGCUCGGCCACUGCCCGUUUACAAGUAUCUUGUCUGGGGCACCACUGGAGAGUGCAUGAAGUAUCUCCUGCGCCGCGCUCAGGAGAACAAGGACGCGGUUCAGCGAACGAGAAACGGAAGAGAUGCCAUGUGGGCUGAGCUGGUUAGACGAUGCAAGACUGCGGUCGGCAUGGCCUAAAUUAAGAAGUAAUGAGAUAAUGAGGAGAGGGGUGGAAAGGAGAAGGGAAAGGAGGAGAUAUUGUGUGGGUUUGCAUUUAUGGAUGUGAACAAGCAACUGGUCAAGGCCGGUCUUUUCGAUACCUGCGACAUUGCACAGUUUGGAGUUUGGCAAGUUUAUUUUUGCGAAUUUGUUGAUAGAAUUGGUUAUUAGAGUAUCUAGCAUUGAAUGUG